CAAGUUCUACUACAGAAGCUUUCAACUUUCAGCUGACUCUUUCUUCAUAAGUCUUUGCGUUUGCGUUACCUUCAUCCAUUACUUUGGCUCGGCAGUUCUACGGAAAAAAGGCAGUUGAUUAGUAUUUUGAAGUUCCUUUCAUGUUUAAGCAGGUCAACAACUUUCCAUCAGGGCAGACUACACAGGCUUUAAUAUUAAUCAGAAGUUUUCAUCCCACCACGGUUUGUGCUAGUUUUGGUUGGUGAAUUUGUACAAAGAAACGAUAACAAAGCCAUAUCUUGCAAUCUAUGGCUAUCAGCUUGAAGGCCUUGGUGGAAAAGAGGAGUAACAAAGUUAUCUUCAUAGAGUCUGAUAAUGAUUUUGUUGAUGUUCUCUUCAGUUUCUUGACAAUCCCAAUGGGAACAAUUAUCAGGCUUGCGUGUAAACAUUCGGUACCACUGGAAAUAGGUUGCAUCAAAAAUCUGUAUGCAAGUGUUGAGAAUGCUGAUAAACGUCUUUUCCAGACUGAAGGAUGUAGAGAGAUGUUGCUACGUCCCCGCAACGGGGUUCAAUCCCAUUGCGAGAAUCUCAAGUUGAAAAUUAACAAUGGUGAUCCCACACGGUACUUUUUGUGCUCCAAGGAUUGCACCAGAAGAAAUAAAUUAUUCAGUCAUUACAAAGAUGUUCUCUGUGAGUGUGGAGAACCCAUGAAUCGUGAGAUUUCUCUUUCAGUGGGAAAGUUAAAAAGCUCCUCUCCUUCGAAUGGCGGUGUCUUUUGUAAAGGACUAACCAGAUUUAUAAUAAGUGAUGAUUUAGAAGUGAUGCCCCCAGUAAACUCAGCAGUCUCUUCUUUCCUUACUAAGGUUGGUGUGACGGAUGCAAACAGCACUGACGAGAUGACUUUGAAUGUAGGAUUUGAUGAGGUUUUGAAUUUGCUUAUAUGCUCAUUUGUGUCUAAGACACCUUUGACAGAUAUUCUGCUCAAGCAUAAACCAGAACCAAAUCUGAACAGUAAAGGUGUUACGCAAGGAAUAUGCUUUAAGGGUCAAACCGCAGGAGAAACCAUGAACGAGGAAAAAAACAUUUCUAUCAAUCUUAUGGUCAGCAAAUCCAAGAAAAUUAUUUGUUAUGCAGAAGCAGGGGAGGAUUUUGUUAAUUUACUCUUCAGUUUCCUAACUGUUCCACUUGGGUUCAUACUAAAAGAGAUGCAGGAUAGCUCUUCCUCUACAAAAGGCUGCAUUGAUCAGUUGUACAAGAGUGUCCAAGAUCUUGAUGAGCAUUACUUAAAGUCAAAUUACCACAAGGAAAUUCUACUCUCUCCGAAGCUUUAUCCUGGUUUUGGAGAUGAGAACCAUCUUUUAGGAAUUGAGGGGGCCUCAUAUUAUUAUGCAUAUUACUGGUCAGGUGAUGGUUACCAGGAAAUAUUGACUAAUGAUAAAACCCUUAUCCCUUAUAACAUGACGGCAAUUCCACUCAAACUGAAGUAUUGCAAAUCCUUAGGCAAUUACAAAAGUGAUGCAGGAUUUUUGAGUAGACCGGCGAUGUUUACAAUAACUGACAGUCUUAUGAUAAGGCCUAUAUCUCCUCUCUUUGGCGUUUCUGUUUUGAACGAAUUGAAAGUGCAAUUCGCAGACAUUGAGAUGCAAACUGUGCAGGUUGGGAAGGAGGAG